AUGAUUGGCGGCGGAGGUAUGGGCGGAGGUAUGAUGGGCGGCGGCCUGCUGGGCAGCGGUGGUAUGGGUGGGGACAUAAAGGGCGGUGGUGAUCUGGGUAGAGGCCUGAUGGGCGGCGGUGGUAUGGGUAGAGGCCUAAUGGGCGGCGGUGAUAUGAGUGGUGGCAUGAUGGGCGGCGGUGGUAUGGGUGGAGGCAUGAUGGGCGGUGGUAUUUGUGAAGGCAUAAUGUGCGGCAGUGAUAUGGGUAAAGGCCUGAUGGGCGGCGGUUGUAUGGGUAGAUGCCUGUUUGGCAGUAGUGGUAUGGAUAGAGGCAUGAUGGGCGGCGGUGGUAUGGGUUGA